ACGUCACCUUUCCUUCCUCCCUGUUCAGUGUUCAUCUCUUCCCUCUAUAAAGAUAGCAACUCUGUGAUAUUGUAAAACUCUCUGAGUUUGUCAGAUUUUUACCUUUUUCUUUUUGGUUUUUGAGUUGAAAAAAAGGUAGUCAGACAUGAGCGUGAAGAAGAAAAGGUCAAAGCAAAUCCAUUCCCCAUAGCUCAACCGUAAAGGCUAAACCACUCUCAUUUCUUCGUAUCAACGCUCAAGGAACAGACAACAUCUAGAAACGAAUUAUUUGAAAAUUGGAAGAAAAUCGGCCAUCCUUUCCUUUUCUUCUCCUCUUGUCCGAUAUCAGCUCAGCUUUUGUUCUGGGCUUUUUCCCCUUUCAUCCAUUGUUUUUAUACACAAGUCAUGGACUCUGAUUUCUGGAGGACGCGCCUCGCCGCCGCCAAGAGGCAAUUCAAUAUGCAGAACCACCAUCAUUUCUCUAAUUCUCAAUUGGAUCGGAUUAAUUUGGACGACUUUGAGAUUGAAGAGGAGGUCCGACCCGAUUAUCCUUGCCCGUAUUGUUACGAGGAGUUUGAUGUAGCAUCCCUUUGCUCACAUCUAGAGGAUGAGCAUUCGUGCGAAUCAAAAGCCAUCGUUUGUCCUAUUUGUUCAGUUAAAGUUGCGGGGGACAUGCUAAGUCAUAUCACGCUGCAACAUGGACACCUCUUCAAGUUGCAACGCCGUCGCCGAUUGCGUAGAAUUCCCAUUCCCAACAGUCAAGCAUUAUCUCUGCUUGGAAGGGAUCUGAGAGAAGCCCAUUUACAGGUGCUUCUAGGAGGCAGUGGAUAUCGGUCAAAUAGUGCAACAUCAUCUGCUGCUGCGACUGAUAAUUUUCUCUCGUCUCUUGUUUUGAACUUCUCAUCUGAAGCUGAUGAAAUUUCAAAAUCUGUAAUGUCAAGUUUAGAGGAAAGUUCCUCAAGGAGUGUGGCAUCAGAACAUAUGUGGAAAUUAAGUUUUCACUCUGCCUUGAGUUGUGAGGAGCGGGAAAAAAGAAUGAGACAAGCAGCUGGAAGAUCUGUUUUUGUCCAAGAUCUGCUCAUUUCAACUCUUUUGGCCGAGUAGUCGAAGUAAUCCUUUGACCAAUAAACACGCUCAAGCUUCGACAACUUCUCAUUGCUCUCAAGACGCGACUGUUACUGUUACGUUGCUUUUACAUUCUGAAAGGUAAUGAACACAGAGGAGGUAAUGGAGGUUUCUUUGCUGCAGCUGAAAGUAAUGCAAUUAAUUUGGAAGCAUAGCAAUACAAUACGAUACAAUGUGUAACGAUUUGGGCAGGAGCAGUAAAAUUGUUUCCUUGUAACAGUUUAAACGUGCAUCAUCAAGUUCCUUUGAUGUGUUUUUCUCCAAUCACUAAUUUCCCUUUGCUGAAACAACUUGUGGGUUUUCA